AUGGGAAUUUUUUUGAACGUAAAAAACAGUGAAGUUAUUUCUAUGGUUAGCCUACCAGAUUUUAACCCUAAUGUAGUCAAUCAAGCAACAGAUGUGCAAAAAUUCAAUCGUGCUACUCUUGGAGUAUAUGAAAUGGGUUCAAUAUUAAAGUUUUUUACAAUAGCUGCAGCUCUCGAUGCAAAUGUCAUAGCAGUAAAUGAUAUAUAUAAUGUGUCAAAACCGAUUACUAUUGGGAAAUACAAAAUUUACGAUUUUCAUAAGUCUAAAAUUGCCAACAUUACUGUUCAGGACAUAUUCGUCAAAUCAUCUAAUAUUGGUGCAGCAAAAAUCGCGCUUAAAUUAGGUAUUGAACAACAAGUUGAAUACUUUAAAGCAAUGAAAUUUUUUUCCCCUUUGAAAAUAGAAAUACCGGAAAAAUCCAUGCCGAUAAUACCCAAUAAAUGGAGUGAAAGUACAUUAAUUACGGCAUCUUAUGGCUAUGGAAUUGCUACAACUCCGAUGCAUAUUGUACAAACCGCAGCCGCAUUGGUUAAUGAUGGAAUAUUUCAUCAUGCAACUUUAAUUCUUGAUAAAAAAAGUAUAGGAGAACAGAUAGUUACCCGUAAAACUUCAAGUAAAAUAAUAAAGCUUCUACGCAUGGCAGUGACAAAUGGAACAGGCAAAAGAGCAAAUAUAAAAGCAUAUGCAAUCGGAGGAAAAACUGGAUCAGCAGAGAAGGUUGUAAAUGGUCAAUACAACAAAAAUGCAAAUAUAGUAUCAUUUAUAGGAGUAUUAACCACGUUGGACCCAAGAUAUGUAAUACUAAUUGCUAUCGAUGAACCACAAGGACUGCCAUCCCACACAGGUGGGGUAAUUGCAGCACCAGUAGUCAAAAAUAUUAUUAAUAGAGUAGCAUCAAUAUUGAAUAUUGUACCUGAAAUGUAG